UGUGUUAGGGGUAGGGGGGUCAACAUCAACGUCCCCAACAAUCAUUUUGAUUGGAGUCGCCGCCGUGCUUCACAUCCCACUUCGGAGGAGAUUAGCGUCCACAAUAGAGCCAGGGGGAGGUAAAACACAAGACAUUGACGGAGGGGGGCGGCGGCGGACGACAAGCAAGCGACCCCUCCAUCUCGUGCGGAGGUAUUCGAGAGUUGGAGGACGCGUUGAUUUCUCCGAUCCCCGGUGGGAAAUAAACAGCGUAUUCUCCUUGCACAAAGAUACAACUGAAGCCAGUUUUCCUUUCAUAGCCACCAAGGCAGCAGAGAAGACAUGAGUGAGGACAAGCCAGCCGAGGGCGCGGAGACGGCCCCCUCUGAGAUGAAUGCCAUUCCUAAUGGGAAAGGUCACGAUGUGGUAGAUGAGAUGACUGCAUCGUCCAAAACAUCACCUGUGGAUGAUGGGCCAACGGAAACAGUACCCAACAGUGUCCAGAAUGUUAGUCCUAACCCAACUGAGAACACAGAGGCCAACCAGCCGGAAGGUCAGGAGUUCUUAUCAGGUGCCGACAACAGCAAAACAACACGAUUUACUGAUUUUGAGGGAAAAACAUCAUUUGGGAUGUCCAUCUUCAACCUGGGCAACGCCAUCAUGGGAAGUGGCAUCCUUGGACUGGCAUACGCAAUGGCCAACACAGGAGUCGUUCUCUUUUUGGUUCUCCUAACAGUGGUGGCUGCCCUUUCAUCAUAUUCCAUUCAUUUACUGCUCAAGUCUUCUGGUAUUGUAGGCAUCCGUGCUUAUGAGCAGCUUGGCUACAGGGCUUUUGGCACCCCUGGCAAGAUGGCGGCAGGUAUCGCCAUCACACUGCAGAACAUUGGAGCCAUGUCCAGUUAUCUGUACAUAGUCAAGUAUGAAUUUCCGUUGGUCAUUCAGGCCUUCCUUAAGGUGGAUAAGCCAGCAGGUGAAUGGUACAUGAACGGCAACUACCUUGUGAUCAUUGUAUCCAUCGCCGUGAUCUUGCCGCUGGCACUCAUGAAGCAGCUGGGAUAUUUGGGAUACACCAGUGGCUUCUCCUUGAGCUGCAUGGUGUUUUUCCUCAUCGCGGUCAUCUACAAGAAGUUCAAUGUCCCUUGUCCGUUCGUGGACUUUACCAUCAACGGCACUGCUGGCGGCCUCCUGAACAUCACGGAUCCCGGUGGGGCGGAGGACCUCUCCUGCGUUCCCAAAAUGGCCAACCUUAACUCCCAAACUGCCUACACCAUCCCCAUCCUGGCGUUUGCCUUUGUGUGCCACCCUGAGGUGCUGCCUAUCUACACAGAGCUACUCCCCACCAAGAAAAAGAUGCAGCAUGUGGCCAACAUGUCCAUCGCAGUCAUGUACGUCAUGUAUUUCCUGGCUGCUCUCUUUGGAUACUUGACCUUCUAUGAUGAAGUGGAGGCUGAGCUGCUUCACACCUACAGUCGCAUUGACCCGUAUGACACGCUGAUUUUGUGUGUGCGUGUCGCUGUGCUCACUGCUGUCACACUCACUGUGCCCAUCGUGCUUUUUCCUGUACGAAGGGCCAUCCAGCAGAUGAUGUUUCCAAACAAGACCUUCAACUGGCCACGCCACAUCGCCAUUGCAUUCACUCUGCUCGCGUUCAUCAAUCUGCUGGUCAUCUUUGCCCCCAACAUCUUGGGCAUCUUUGGGAUCAUAGGUGCCACAUCUGCCCCUUGUCUUAUUUUCAUCUUCCCUGCUGUCUUCUACAUUCGUAUUGUACCCAAGGAAGAGGAGCCACUGCGCUCAACCCCCAAAAUCUUGGCGGCUUGCUUUGCUGGGCUUGGCUUCCUGUUCAUGAUAAUGAGUCUCAGCUUUAUCAUUAUUGACUGGACUUCAGGCAGCAGCAAAGCCAGCAGUGGCCAUUAAACCGGAUUCCACAACCUUUUCCAGGAAUUUAACUUUCUGGUUAAUUUUGUUUUAUGUGUUGUUAUUCUUCAUGGUUUUACUUUGGCUCUUCCAUCGAAAAUAUUGGGGGAAUGACAAGUUUUGGAGGACGCCAUCUCUCUGCACAAAACAAACUUUGUACUGUACAUCCUGCCACACAACACUACCAGACAGACAAAAGUCAAUUGGGGGGGGGGGGGAAUCUAAGAGGAAAAAGCAACAAUGUAGGAAACUGCUUUCUUUCCAUGUUCAUCUGUCACUGUGCUGACUGUGAGCCUGGUUUUCAGUGCUCCUGGGACUGCAAUACAUGCAUUCCUUUUAGCCCAAUUCAACAUGAAAAAUGUACUGAAUGGAAGAAAUGAUUCCACAAUAUGUCCGCAAACUUUACCUUCGGUCCAAGCCCUUGUGUAGCACAGACAGAGCACAUUUUCAACAACAUUCUUUCUUUUAUUUUAUGAUCUAAUCGGAUGUUCUUAAUUGAGUAAAAAAGAAGUUUGCUCUUAUUCCUUUAGAAUUUAGCUCCUGGCCGUCCUAAAAUGACUUCAGAUGAAUACUUAAGUAUACAAGAGGUGCCUUGAGAUAAGAGUUUAAUUCGUACUGUGACAAACUGCCAAAUUUUUAUACUGUUUUUUUAGUAAGAAAAAUCACACUCUAUAAUACUGUACUUUAUAAAAGCAUACAAUAAUGACACAAUUAAAUAGAAUGUAAAAAAUUAAACGGUUUUUGCCACAUUUUUACUUUGAUUCAAUGGACAUUGUACUGCUCCUUCUGGUGUGCUCGCCUUGCCCUCUUAUGGGCAAUAUGAUAUAGAUAUAGAGAUACACAUGAAGAAGAAUUUGACAAAUUACUCAGUAAGCUGCAUAUAAAGGAUAAACAAUAUAUGGCUAUAUUGUUGUUGUUUUGUUGCUGCACUGUUUGAGUUCAAAUAUCUGUUGUUUAAAGGGUUAUAACACCGCAACACUGAUGUCUCAUCUAUGGCGCUUUGCAAUGUUUGUUAGCAUUAAGCUAAACAGACAAAGCUGUGCUUGUUUUAAAUAACACAGGGUGUAAUUCUCUUUCUUCAAGUCUAAUUUGACAGUGCACUUCAACUGGGAGUGGCAUUAAACUGUUUGAAGCCUCUCUUUUAAAGAAUUGUUCACUAUCUGCCCAACAAGUGAAUUGAGUCGAGUUGAGUUCACUGCCACCAUACACACUCAUCUCAAAUUUAUGCUCGCAAGUCCAAGCAUAAAAUCGUCCGAAUGACAACUUUUAUCUCACAAAAAGUCGGGCCACUCUUAUCUCAAGGCACCACUGUAAUGUGUUUUCUGUUCCUGUUUUUAAUGAUUGCCGAUACUGAAGACCUCAAGAAAAUUACCUCCUAGUGUUCCUCCUCCUUGAUGAUUUAAAAAAAAAAAAAAAAAAAGUAUGUGCGUUAUUUCUGAGAUAAAUUAGACAACAGGGUCCAUUCAAACAGCGGCUGGCGACAGUUGUUUGUCUUCACUCAUGUCGAUAGCCAGCAAUGGAAUCAAAGACAUACACACGAUACUGUUUGCAAUGUCGCUGUUUAGCAUUAGCACUUUCUUUGACUAAAAGCACAACAUCUUGUAGCCGUUCUUACUGACUAUAUGUGUGAAACGUGUUCAAUGUGUCUGGGCGUGUCCCUUUUGUAUAACACAAUAUAUGCUGUAUUAAUCAAUCCAAUGUAAGUUCUACAAAAGUAGCAAUGUGUCAAUGGGUGUUAUAUCAAAUAUUACUUGAAUUAACAUGAACUUUCCUAACAUUCCUCUCCUGGUCUAUUGAGUAGAGCAAAGGCGACCAAGUUAGUUGGAUGUAUCGUCACAAGUUUGUCAUAUUUAUAAAAGAAAACAUCACAACUAUGGUGACUUUAUGCAGUGUUGUUGUUUAAUGUGAACAUGUAUUCACAAGUCAGAAGUACAACUCAAGUGUUUGAAUCUGAUCUCGUGCAAAUGUGUUUUAUGAUGUCACUAGUGUGGUAACAGUUGGUUCAUGCUGCACAAAAUCAUUAGUGAUCUUGUCAACCUUUCUGUAUUUAUUAUUAUUAUUUUUUUUUAUAUCGUCAAACCGGUCAGUGCUGUGUGUGUUGUUCUUUCAAUUUGUUCCACAGAAAACAUUUUCCGUCCCUCUUUUGUUAUUUACUUUGUGUCUGCUGAUGAGGUUUUUCUAUUCAUAAGCAGAGGGAUUCAUUUUGGUAUCCAUAAUCAUUAAAAUGGGUCUCCAAAAUAUUUGGAUUCACAAUGCACAAUGGAAAAUUCGACAAAAAUAUGUAAUAUUAAUAACAGUGUGAUACUCUGUUGGUGGCUGAUGUGAGUUGACCUCUUUGAACUCUUGUCAGCUAUCAGUGACCCUCUUUGUGAUGUCCAUCCAUCCAUCCAUCCAUCCAUUUUCUGAGCCGCUUAUCCUCACAAGGGUCGCAGGAGUGCUAUCUUUGGGUAGGAGGUGGGGUACACCCUGUGAACCGGUUGCCAGCCAAUCGCAGGGCACAUAGAAACAAACAACCAUUCACACUCGCAUUCACACCUGUGGGCAAUUUAGAGUCCUCAAUUAACCUACCAUGCAUGUUUUUGGGAUGUGGGUAGAAACCGGAGUGCCCGGAGAAAACCCACUCAGGCACGGGGAGAACAUGCAAACUCCACACAGGCGGGGAUUGAACCCAGGUCCUCAGAACUGUUAGGCAGACGCUCUAACCGAUCGAACGCCGUGCCGCCUUCUUUGUGAUGUAUCGAUUAAAAAGUAACAUUAAAUGUUGACGUUGGCCAGCAUUUAUAAAUAAAUGUAAAUACAUGUACACCCUUUAUAUUCAUAUGCAUAUCUAAUUUGUAUAAUGUAAAUAGCAGUAAUAGUUUUAGUCAAAUAAAAAAAUAUAUAAUAAUUUUCAAAGUGCUUUUAAACCUUUUGUCCUUCAAUUGGUGUCUAUUUUCUUGUCUCUAUUUUAAUAUGUCGCUGGCAGUAUUAUACUGUAAACGAUGUUGCAAUAAAGAUAAUGAAGCCCCAAUUA